UCUCUCUCUCUCUCUCUCUCGUUUUCCAGUCGCUUGUUACCAGAGGCGAAAAACGGAACCCCUUAGACCGUAUAUUGUUUGAUAGUUUUAAGUUUAAACUUUUUGAUAGCGUAGUUUGGAAAGGCUUUAGUCUAAUAAUAACUCUCCGUGUCCCCAUGUAGGACUCUAAACUCGCGCACUGUCUCUUUAAGAGGGUUUACCCACAGACCUGUUGAUCCGACAGUAUUUCCCCCUACAUUACUGUUCUUCUGUAUCUCCUGCCAGUCGCUCUGCGCUUUACUUCAUUCAUAACGGUUUAUUUAUUUAUUUAUUCACUUUGGAAACUUCAAGUGGAAGCUCAAACAUGGCAGAGGUAGGGAAAGGAGUCAACGCCGGGAAACUGGCCAGUAAUGUACAGAAGAGGAUAACCCGAGCACAAGAGAAGGUGUUGCAGAAGUUGGGAAAGGCGGAUGAAACGAAAGACACAGCAUUUGAGGAGGAAGUGGCCAAAUUCAACAAGCAGCUGGCUGACGGCAGCAAAUUGCAGAAAGACUUCAAGGCAUAUUUGGCGGCAGUCAAAACCAUGCACGAGUGUUCGAAGCGUCUGCAUGACUGUCUGGCAGAAAUGUAUGACCCCGAGUGGUUUGGCAAAGAGGAGGUGGACUCCAUCGCAGAGGAGAUGAUAGAGAAAGAAAUGGAUAAUAAUCUGGAGGACACUGACCUCCUGUGGCAAGAUUUCCACCAGAAUCUUGUGGACAAUGCUCUCAUUUCCAUGGACACAUAUUUGGCUCAAUUUCCAGACAUAAAGGCUCGCAUCGCUAAGCGCGAGAGGAAGCUGGUAGAUUUUGACAGUGCCAGACAUCAUUUUACCUCUAUACAGAAAAGCAAGAAAAAGGAUGAGGCCAAAAUUGCCAAGCCUCUGGCUCUAGUGGAGAUGGCUGCUCCCGGCUGGGCUCAGGGAAUAAUCACAGCACAUCAGAUCGCUCAAACUAACCUCUCGAGAAGCCAGGCCGAGGAAGAUUUGGGCAGAGCUCAGAAGGUAUUUGAGGAGAUCAAUUACGAUCUCCAGGAGGAACUUCCCACCCUGUGGAACAGUCGUGUUGGCUUGUAUGUGAACACAUUUCAGAGCGUUGCUGGCCUUGAGGAAAAAUUUCACAGGGACAUGGGCAAACUGAACCUGAAUCUGAGUGAUAUUAUGACCAAACUGGAUGAGCAGCGUCUAGCCAAAAAAGGUGUCACGACAGCAAGCACUGGGAAGAGUGAAGAAGCAGCCAACCACAACCUCUCAGAGUCUGGGUCAGAUGCCCCUAAAUCACCAGCAAAGUCCAGAGAAAGACCACCGGUCUCACAGCCGCCCAGGCCGACUUCAUCUCAGGAGGUGAAACAGGAUAACAUCAUUGACCUGUUUGAGGAUGCAGUGGUGCCUGACCAAAAUCCAACAAACAAUCCUGGUGACCCUUCCUCCCCAUCCCAGCCUGAUCAGAGCCCUGCUGCAGACCCCUCCCAGCAGUGGGACACGGAUGAAGAAGCUGCUGCUCAGCCUUACAGCCAGCAGCCGUAUGAGGCUCAGGCUCCUCAAUGGGAGGAUGAGGUCACUCCUGCCGUUCAGCCGGUUGAAGCUCCCCGCUGGGAUGAGCAGGAGAGCGUGUCUGCACAGUCAGGCUGGGGCAAUGAAACAGCUACGCCUGCGCAGCCGGACUGGGAGGGCGAUGGUGUGGAGCACUGGGGCGAGGAAGGGUCCCAGGUAGGGCAAAAGCAAGACGCAGAUACAAACUGGGGCCGUGGUACGGCUCAGGCUUGGGAGGCGGAGUCAGAGCUGCCUCAGUGGGAGGAGCUUCAAAGUAAUGAAGCGCCAACAGUGACAAACGGCUCAUCAGAUGCAGAGCUUCCUCCAUCUGUUCUCUAUAAGGUAAGUUGCACUGGGAACCCAAGAUCUCAGCGUUUUAACAUGGUAGAAUUUACUAUAUUAUACAAUAUUAUCUACAACAUUAUAAAACAUCUUCAAAAAUAA